UAGAUAUGACCCAGAGAGAUAUGAUGUGAUGUUGACAAAGCUAUUUUCUAGUGAAAGCAUUGACGCAAUUGCCAAGGAACUUGUUGGUCAGGUGGAUGGUGUUCUGACCUCAUCUGCUCCUCUACCAGAGGCUGCACAAGUUCCUGAGGCGCUUUAUUCUUUCGCUGAGGGGGCCUUCAAGAAUUUGCUUCAGCCACACCUCCUACAGCUUGUGGCCAAAAAUGCUCCAGAGGAUGUUGCUUCACCCGAUGCAUGUGAGACUGUCCCUGACACUGGAGGAUUAACCGACAUACUUGUCGCAGUAUUGAGGAACUCUAAUUCUGGUGCUGCACUUGGAUCUCAGGACAGUGUCAGAGAUGCAGUAUCCAGCAGCAACAUGGACCAAAGCUCUGCUGGCCAGAAACAUCAAAGCCUUGUUGGUGUAUUCAGCAGUCUGAUGGUCCAGCAGCUACUGGAGAUGAUGCACAAGGACUCAGUGGCGGCACAAAAUCAGCAAGGCGAUCUUCAGGUUCAGGCCUCAUCUGUCACCAAUGAGCCAGAGACAACAAGCACAGGAAGGCCUUCCUCUGCUGCAUCUUGGCUGCCCCGGUAUGAAGACAGAAAGGAGGAUAAUGGCUGUUUCACCACUGUGCUGUUGCUGAGGCUACUGGCCAAAAUGAGGGAUGCACACACCGGCCCUAAGGACAAGAUGGAGAUAUCACAACAGCUGACCGAGAAAAUUCUAGCCGAGUUCACCUGUGCCUCAGGAGGAUCGCCGAGCUUUCAGGAGUAUCUCGGCAAUGUGAAGAUCCAGAGCAUCUACAAGACCAUGGAUAGCUUCGUAGUGAAGAAGUUUGGACUGGGGGCUGUUCUGAGAAGGGCAGAGAAUACAAAGGAUGAAUCGUUUGAUGACAUAUUGCUGAAGAAAUUGAGAGAGGAACUGUCAAGCGAGCAUGGGACAGAAGUGGAUAUCAGAUUCUGCUCAGGAUAUCAGAUUCUGGUCAGGAUAAAAGAAGCCCUGGCCACCUUCAGGAGGAAUAUUGGAUGGCGUCUCUCUUGUCAUUCAGCAGUUACAUCCUCUUGUUGUUCGACGUCGACCCUUCCAGCUGGCAGUGCCAAGCGCCAUACCCCUUCCUUGUCCGCAGCUCCCGCAGUAGGAGAAAAAUCAGAUGACCCAGCUAGAUAUGACCCACAGAGAUAUGAUGUGAUGUUGACAAAGCUAUUUUCUAGUGAAAGUAUCGACACAAUUGCCAAGGAACUUGUUGGUCAGGUGGAUAGUGUUCUGACCUCAUCUGCUCCUCUAACAGAGGCUGCAAAAAAUCCUGAGGCGCUUUAUUCUUUCGCUGAGGGGGCCUUCAAGAAUUUGCUUCAGCCACACCUCCCCCAGCUGGUGGCCCAUAGUGCUCCAGAGAAUGUUGCUUCACCUGAUGCAUGUGAGACUGUCCCUGACACUGGAAGAUUAACCGAUAUGCUCCUUGCGGUACUGAGGAACUCUAAUUCUGGUGCUGCACUUGGAUCUCAGGACAGUGUCAGAGAUGCAGCAUCCAGCAGCAACAUGGACCAAAGCUCUGCUGGCCAGAAACAUCAAAGCCUUGUUGGUGUAUUCAGCAGUGUGAUGGUUCAGCAGCUACAGGAUAUGAUGCACAAGGACUCAGUGGCGGCACAAAAUCAGCAAGGCGAUCUUCAGGUUCAGGCCUCAUCUAUCACCAAUGAGCCAGAGACAACAAGCACAGGAAGGCCUUCCUCUGCUGCAUCUUGGCUGCCCCGGUAUGAAGACAGAAAGGAGGAUAAUGGCUGUUUCACCACUGUGCUGUUGCUGAGGCUACUGGCCAAAAUGAGGGAUGCACACACCAGCCCUAAGGACAAGACGGAGAUAUCACAACAGCUGACCGAGAAAAUUCUAGCCGAGUUCACCAGUGCCUCAGGAGGAUCGCCGAGUUUUCAGGAGUAUCUCGGCAAUGUGAAGAUCCAGAGCAUCUACAAGACUAUGGACACCUUCUUGGUGAAGAAGUUUGGACCGGGGGCUGUUCUGAGAAGGGCAGAGAAUACCCAGGAUGAAUCGUUUGAUGACAUGUUACUGAUGAAAUUGAGAGAGGAAAUGUCGAACCAGUAUGGCGCAGAAGUUCCAGCUGCUUCGUCUGCCUUAAGUGGUGGCUCAUCCUCCCUUGGGCCUGUGUCUGAAGAAGCAGGUGGGCAAACUCCCAGAAAGAACAGAUGGAGACUGAAGAUCCCAAAGAGACGCAGCUCCAAGGUUGCUCCAGUUAACAGCGCUUCCAACAUAGCAGGUCUGCAGGGAGAGACGGACGCUCCUCGUGCUCCAUCUGAUGAUCCAGGCACGGCUGUGCCUGCUGCUGAGGAGCAGAAGUCUCGAAAGCGCCCCUGGUAUCAUAUCUUCACCGCCUGCUUUCGACGCUCAAGCUGAAACUUCACCAGCCAAACUCAAGACCCUUUUCACCCAAACCCCCUCUGCCUCACUCAAUCCCCUUUCACCUCACCAGACUUUAUACCCAACACCCAUUACACACCCUCCAACAAUUCGGCCUCUUCCUUUAUAAAAACAGAAACAAACAUAAAAAUAAAACAAAACAAACAAAAAAAAAUAAAAGAAAUCCCAUACACUUCAUAUCCUACUCACACACAUACACAUACACACGCACACAAUACAAAAUAACAUAAAAUAAACAAAAAAUACCUUCACUA